CCUGCUGCUUAUCGGCAACGACGAUGAAAACUCAGGCCAAAACAAAUAGACCUGUAGACCCUGCUAGUAGCCACAAGCCCACCAUAUAAUCUGAUGCCCAGCCUCUCCGUCAGGCAGAGAACACAACCAAGCAGGCAGAGAACACAGGCACACACACACGCAAAUACGCAAUGCAAAACACGGUCGUGCUGUACACAUGGAUGGUCAGGGGUCACCUCCACCCCAUGACGCAGUUCGCCAAUCACCUCGCCGGACACGGCGUUCCCGUCACCGUCGCCGUCGCCGAUGUUCCCUCUACAGGCAGCUCUGAUGAAACCAUUGCCCGCCUAUCUGCAUCCUACCCUUCUGUAUCCUUCCACCUGCUCCCGCCGGCAACAGCCCGUUCCGCGGACACGGCCGACCCCGACGCCGACCCUUUCAUCACCCUCAUCGCCGACCUGCGCGCCACCAACCCCGCCCUCCUUUCCUUCUUGAGGUCCCUCCCGUCUGUAAAGGCUCUCGUCGCAGACUUCUUCUGCGCGUACGGGCUAGAUCCCGCCGCAGAGCUCGGCGUCCCAGCCUACCUGUACUUCACCCUGUGCGCGUCGGCCCUUGCUACCUUCCUACAUAUCCCCAUCAUGCACUCCGAUGUCUCCUUUGGGGACAUGGGGCGUUCCUUGCUGCACUUCCCUGGAGUCCACCCAAUUCCGGCGACCGACUUGCCCGAAGUCCUGCAUGAUCGCGACAACAAGCAGUACAGUACAAUUCUUGGUCUCUUUGAGCAGCUGCCCAGAGCGACGGGCAUACUGUCGAACACCUUCGAGUGGCUGGAGACCCGCUCUGUCAAGGCUAUAAAAGAUGGGACUCCCCGCCCCGGCGAGUCCCUGCCGAGAUUGUUCUGCGUCGGUCCGUUGGUCGGCGAGGAGAGGGGAGGCAGCGAGAGGCAUGGAUGCCUAAGUUGGUUGGACAAGCAGGCGGACCGGAGUGUGAUCUUCCUCUGCUUCGGAAGCGCAAGCUCGGUGCCGGCGGAGCAGCUGAAGGAGAUCGCCGUGGGGCUAGAGAAGAGCGGCCACUCGUUCCUCUGGGCCAUGCGCGCGCCCGUUGCGCCGGACGCUGACUCGACGAAGCGGUUCGAGGGGCGGGGCGAGGCGGCGUUGGAGACGCUGCUCCCGGAGGGGUUCUUCGACAGGACGCGUGGGCGCGGGAUGAUCGUGUCGUCAUGGGCGCCGCAGGUGGAGGUGCUCCGGCACUCGGCGACCGGCGCGUUCGUGACGCACUGCGGCUGGAACUCGACGAUGGAGGCGGUCACGGCGGGGGUGCCGAUGGUGUGCUGGCCGAUGUACGCGGAGCAGAGGAUGAACAAGGUUUUCAUCGUGGAGGACAUGAAGCUUGGGGUGGUCAUGGACGGCUACGACGAGGGGCUGGUGAAAGCGGAGGAGGUGGAGGCGAAGGUGCGGCUGAUCAUGGCGUCCGAGACAGGGAAGGAGAUCAGGAUGAGGAUGGCGCUGGCGAAAGAGAUGGCCGCUGAUGCGCUGCAGAUUGGUGGGUCCUCCACCGAAGCAUUGCAUGACUUCUUCCGAAGUUUGAAGUUUACAACGCAGGAUUGAAGUUCACCCGGUAGUAUAUUACUUUGGGAAGGCCUGAAGGGGUUAAUAUCUUCUCCUAAUAGGGUCUUGGCCUCUUGGGCGAGAUUAGUAAGUUUUCUUUCUUGGUUGUAUUUGCAAUAAGCUGGCUGAUGCACUAGGGGCAUCUGGUACAAACAUGUAACAUGAAACCAGAAUUGUUUGUCCGGAUCCGGUUAUCCUCCUUUUCGAGAGAAAAAAAAAUUGUAUGGACGGACAGAGCUUCCUGUCUAUGUGGUUUGGCUUUCCGUAAUUUCACUUGGCAUAUGAAGUAAA